AUGGAGAUCACCGGCAGAAAUCAGGACGCGACUUGGUCAGACAGCGACCACACAAACUCAAUCUCUCCCAGCGACACCGCUUCAUUUGAAGAUGCCGAAGCUCAGGCUCCCCCUCCUCUGGAGAAUGAGAAAUACUACGAGGCUGAACAUCCUGGCGGUGUCGAAGAUCCUAACGAUUACUAUCCCAGCGGCUUCCAUCCCGUGCUUCUGGUCCGAGUCCACGUAGUUGACGAGCAGGGGGAACGGGACUUUGAACUCGAACCGAACGUCCCUCCUUAUCUCAUCCAAACGGCCAACUUCGACCUUUCUUCCGGCGCCUGUUCUUACAAUAUCGCGGUUAUUGACUUUAGCAUGGCCUACUUCCUCGACAAUCCACCCACCAUCUGCGCCAUCCCAUUCGAGCUGUCCUACCUCGAAGGGAUUUUUACCAACGGGCGAUUAGGUUGGCCGGCAGACAUUUGGUCACUCGCCUGCACUAUUCUUUGGACCGUGGCGGGAAGUUACCCAUUCGGCGAUGAAGACUCGGAGUCCACACCAUGGCUUGUCGUGGAGGAAGUGGAAAGGCUUAUGAGACCAAUGCCACUGCGCUAUCGUCCCCUGCUCACCAGCUGUGUUAGCGCCGGCAGAGAACUGAGCGAGCGACAGAUGAAUGACCCGUCCAAAUACGCGACUUCCAAUCGUCGGGAAUCUCACGCCUCCACAUACCAUGGCGAUCCCGACGUGAUCAGAAACAGAAUUUUUGUCAAACAUGUGCUUUCCUGGACAUCGGAGGAGUAUGAGGAGCUCGCCAAACAUGACGAGAUCUGGAGGAAAACAGGACGUCUUCCCAAGUACAUCAAGGCAGCGGGGACUGGAGGUGAAACAAUCUGGCGCCCAAGCCUACUACAUGAUCGCGAGGAUGGCGAGGCUCUGUCGGACCUGUUGCUAUCCAUCUUCAAAUGGGAACCAACUGAGCGUGCGACUACCAAAACCCUGCUGGCACAUCCCUGGUUUAAGGACCACCGCUCUCGUGGUUCUGACAGCCAGUCAGCAUCCCAGCAAGGAUGGAAAUAUCUGGCUAGGGGAAAAGGGUUGAUGUGGAUCUUGGGUGGUUUGCUUGUUGGGGUGGUAUCCUUUCGACUUCGCAAGAGAGUUUUGGGCAACUAG